UCAAGUGUUUUUCUUUAUCCGAUUAACUAUAUUGUUUUUGUAAGCAGAUGUGAGAUUGCAAUUACGCAUGUUUAGUGAUCACAUUAAAAUGUUCCAAGUUAACACAUUUUCCGCCCUCAUAAUAUUGCCAUUUCGCUCUAGCGGCCCCUCAUCAGAUUACAUGGCGGAAAAUUUAUCAAUUUACGACCUGUUUUGAUGAAAUUUCACAGUCGGGGAAACAAGGAGACUGAAGUAUCGGCUCAAGGAAUCUACCCAUAUUAUGGCGGUAGUCCUCUCACAAUCUCCGACAGCCACAAUGAUGACGACUUCGGCCUCCUUCUCACUGUCCUACUCCUAGCAACCAGGAAUAACAACGGUGGUUGCUGCGGUUGCUGCAACUGCGGGGGGCAAAAUAUACCCAUACCGUACCCCAUACCCAUACCGACGAACAACCCUAUAAUAACUACAUCAGGAAGAAAUAAUAACGAUGAUUGCAAUGGUGGAAAUGGAGAUACAGUCAAUGUUAUCACGGAGAAUGAAUCGAAUGUGUCGACAGAAGCCGAGGCAAAUAAUGACCUGGAUAACGAAAAUAAUAAUGAGUCAUCAGCCCGAUCCAUGGCACAAAACAAUCCAGACCCAAUGGCGGCCCUACAAUAAGAAUAUCUAUUUAUUUCCUAACUUAAUGUUUAAUUUAUGACAACACUCUAAAAACGAUUAAUAAACAUGAUGAGAAAGCGGUA